CAAGAACUCUGGUUCAAUUCCUGAGUCUCCUUCCUCAAUGGUCAACCCAUUCAGCUCUAACUGUCGAACACAAUGAAGAAGAAAAGUGGCCUAGAAUUGGAAGAGUCGAGGAGCACAGUGCAAGUACAAGUCAUUUUAGCAAGUUGCCUACAUAAAGGUUCAGGAUGGCUGCCAGUGAUGAAGGCCAAUCAGGUAUGGAUCAGUUCAGACAAGACAAUCUUCACUGCUCUAUCUGCACCCAGUAUUUCAUCAAGCCUAAAAUGCUGGACUGUCUCCACAGCUUUUGCCUGAAAUGUCUUCAAGAGUUGAAGGCACCACUAGAUUCAGAUCAGAGUACGAGACUUGUUUGCCCAACAUGCGUUUGUGAGACUACAUUGCGUGAGAAGGGAGUACAUGGUCUGCCUGAUAACUCCACAUUGAGUGCGCUGGUGGCAGAGUCUAGGCUGCAGGAGACUUUAAAGACAGGUCAGGGGUCAGAUGGCAAAUGUCAAGCUUGUGAUGAGGGAAAUCAAGCUGUGUCAAAGUGUAUGGACUGUGAUCAUCUUCUUUGUGGGGCUUGCCGGGAGGCACACCGGGAGCUGGAAGAAGUCCAAUCACACCAGGUCUACUUGCUGCCCAGGCAUCGAUCAGAGGAGGUUGACAACGAGAGUUACGAGGAUGUACCUAGAUGCAAAGUACACGAAGAUCAAUUUGUAUGCCUUUUUUGCAAUACCUGCAUGAAGUUGGUGUGCACAAUUUGCAUUACCUAUGAGCAUCCCCAACAUGAUCUCAUUGGUUUGUCUGAAGCCUGCGACAAAGGAAAACGUGGACUUCAGGAACUGCUUGAUGAAAUUGAAGAGAGUAAGAGCCGAUUCGCUGAGGCAAUUAGACAAACAGAUGAGAGCCGUGCUGAGCUGGACAUAGCGUAUGCCGAAACAAUUGCAAAGAUCCAAAAGAAGGCAGAUGACGAGAUCGCUAAAGUCACAGAGAAGGCGUACAAAAUGCAGUACGAGGCAGAGAAGGUCUACAUGGCACAAGUCACAACUAUGGACAUAGUCGACAAAACAAAGAAGAAAAAGAGAGGCAACAGACAGAAGUAAAACUGAGCCCGUGCUUAGUAGUUGGGAUUGAAAAGCAGUACCUUAUCAAUCAUGAUUAAUACAAGGCCAAAUUAUCUCAUUAGGUAAUAAUACAGAAAUGAUCCAGGAUUAAAUUUGUCAUUGUAAGUUUUGCCUGUACAUUGCUGCUAAAAUAACUUUGUCUGAUCAGCAGAACUUUGCCGAACUCAUAUACCAAACAGCACUUCAUUAUAUAAAUAAAUAUUAAGCUUUUCUUUUGCUUUUUGUGUGCCUGCUUUUGAUUUGAUGAAAAGAGGAAAGGUCUGGGGGAGUUUCUUUUUUUUCAGGAACUUUGUGAAUCCAUCAUAACUGAACAGUUCACUAAGCGGUUACUCAAUUCCAAUGCCUCUGAAGGCAGUUUAAAGUAUUGUGUUAAAGAAAUUAUAUUGAAUGUAGAAUCAGCAAACUACUUUUGUCAAAGGUAAGGUGUGUCAAUUGUUGUUUUUGUAAAGAAAAUGCAAAUUUAUAGGCAAAAUUAAUAAGGUUGAUACAAUUAGAGUCAAAUGUGAAAGGAACAGCUCAAUACAGUGUCGAUUUGCUGAGAAAACAGUAAAAAUAUCACAGUAUUUUCACCUGAAUGUCAAAUCCAUCGUCAUUUAUAGAGGUGACAGUGGAUAGGUCAACAACACUUCUGGCUGCAUCAUU